AUGGAUUAUGGUUCUCACUUUCCAGCAGAUCAUGACGACGGGGCCUCAACCUCAAAGCUUCAACAGUGGUCUCAAGGUCCUGCGAACGCGAAACUCUUUAGCGGUGGGAAGCGCAGACCAUCUGUUGUUUUCGUUCCGUCAGCACAGUCGGACCUCUAUGCACAAGAAGCACCGUUAGAUCACUGCUUAUGGCAGGUUCAGUAUUACUCGGAAACAUUGGAACCCUCGUCCAAUGUUUCGCUACUUGCCCAAACUGAACAGGAGCAAGACGACAUCUUCUAUGCCACCUUCCCUCAGGCCCGUGGCUUGCACUGGUCGCCACAAGUCCUUCCAGCCAACGAAUACAGUGGAUAUUUUGGCGGUACCGCCUUCUCUCUUAGUCGUAAUGGGCCUGGCCAUGGCUAUCGAAGUUCUGGGCUAACAGAACAUAACCCACCGUGUACACCAUCAGUGAGAUACAGUCCCGGAUCACUUCAUAUUGAAGCUGGAUGUACACCUUCAUGUAUCGUGAGCCCUGGAUCGAUGUCCACCAUCGAUUCGUGCGGCAACGAUAAAUCCGUAGCACGACUUGAAUGUGACUCAUCUCAACUGAUUUCCUUGUCUCCGGAGCGUGAUGAUCUUGGCGAUGUUUCGUCCUCUCCUAAAAUAGAGCCCUUUGACGUUCCAUUGCCCAAAUCUCCAUUGCAAUUGAGUGCUGAAGAUGUAGACACUGCGACAUUCAGUGGUACUCAUGAGCCUCUCAUGAAUUUUCUGACUCCACCAUUCACGGAACCGGAAGCAUCCUCUCCUGCAAAAUCCCCAUCUCAUGUUGAAGACAUCCUAAAAAUGAAUACCAGUAAGGCGUUUAUCUGUAAAGGGGAGGCAUCGCGAAUUGACUUGCAGCUUGGGUUAGUAUCCUCGCCAACAGGGACGUGGCCCAGUGUCCGCGUAAGGUCAAUCCAGAAUACUCCGGAAUCUGAUUCACCGACAAGCUCGAAUAUAGACCGACGUGAUACUCCUGAACCAUUCACGUCCACAUCCACACUACCAUUAUCCACAUCUAGUCCUCGUGCCCCAGAGCCUCAGCUCGAUACCCAUUUCCAGCCUGAGUCAUCGGGUCUCAUGCGCCUCAGUCCGCUCCCAAUGAAUAGAAGACCUAUUGAGAAAAAGAAAGCCCAAACAUUGGCUUGCAAUUUUUGUCGUAUCAGAAAGGUCAGCAAAUUGGCAACUGUUUGGGUUGUUGUGGUUAAACUGUAG